GUCACACAGAUUACAGAAAGUCUGCAAACAUAAGUACAUUGUUUUAGCGAAAAUAAAUAAAUAAUUGUCUUUCAUUAGUCAAAAUUUUAAAACCCACAGUUUCCUUUUCUUCACCAGAAAACAGCCAGAGCUGUGAUCCCAAGUCGCAUUAGCUGAUCAAAGUUCUUGAUUAGAUCUUCAAAAAUUCAAGAAUUUGCAGAUUUCAUUGUGGGGUUUUCUUAAUUUGAGUAACAAUGGCAGUUAAAGGGAGGCAUUCUCGAAUGGGGCCUCGAAAAUCGUCGAAUUCCACACUGAUCUUUGGUGGGAUUAUUGUGUUGUCUUUUUUCGCUCUCAUUCUUCUUGCUUUCCGAAUUAUCUCCAUUCCCAGGGGCUCUCAGAAAGCACACGAUCUCACCUCUAUAGCCCACAACACUGUUCAAAGACAAGACGAUGACGACGAUGGAAAAAGAGAUCAGUGGGUUGAAGUGAUUUCUUUGGAACCAAGAGCCUACGUUUACCAUAACUUCUUGUCCAAGGAGGAAUGUGAGUAUCUGAUUAGUCUUGCCAAGCCUCACAUGCAAAAGUCAAGUGUCGUAGAUAGUUCUACUGGCAAGAGUAUGGACAGCAGGGUCCGAACCAGUUCCGGAACAUUUCUGGCGAGAGGACGUGAUAAGGUGAUCAGGGAUAUUGAGAAAAAGAUUGCAGAUUUCACCUUCAUACCAGCAGAGCAUGGUGAAGGUCUUCAAAUUCUCCACUACGAAGUGGGGCAAAAGUAUGAGCCCCACUACGAUUACUUUCUUGAUGAGUUUAACACUAAAAAUGGAGGUCAACGCAUUGCAACGGUUUUAAUGUACUUGUCAGAUGUUGAUGAAGGGGGUGAAACAGUAUUCCCAGCUGCGAAGGGAAAUUAUAGUGCAGUCCCUUGGUGGAAUGAACUAUCUGAAUGUGGAAAAGGUGGACUCUCUGUAAAACCAAAGAUGGGUGAUGCAUUGCUCUUCUGGAGCAUGAAGCCUGAUGCAACUCUAGAUCCAUCAAGUUUGCAUGGUGGGUGCCCUGUAAUUAAAGGUAACAAAUGGUCAUCCACAAAAUGGAUGCGCGUCCAUGAAUACAAGGCUUAACCUACUGCUAGAGGUCAGUUUUGAGUUUGGAUGCAGUCACUGUUGUGCCAUUUGUAUCAAAAGGAUAGUCUUGAAUAGAGCCACCACACAUGAAGCUUCAAUUUUACUUUGAUAGUACUCAUUCUCAACAUUCUUAUUCCUUUCUUUUCUGUAAAGUUG